CAAGCUGCUGUCUCUCAUCUGCACAGUGUUGUGUUGGACGCUGCCUCUGCCAGUCACGUGGGAAAGGACUUCUAUCAAUAGUGGGUUUCUAAGUAGUAAAAUAAAAAUAAACAAAUACAGUUAAAGAAAUAUCCUGCGAUUUCAAUCUUCAUGAUGGAGAUUUCUGAAUCCAACUCCAUGGAGCACCUGGUAAAGGAGCUAAACGUGCUUCUGAAACUCCUGGAGCAAGAACAUGUAAGUUCAGCCACUGCAGAGAAGAUGAGUGUCAUCAGGAACCUGUUAGGACAGUUAAAGCCAUCGGCAUAUGUUGAUAGAGGGACUGGGAGCGACUUCAUAUACAUGAACACGUCCCUGUACGGAAAUGGUACCAGCUUUGUCGAAUCACUUUUUGAAGAAUUUGACUGUGACCUGAAAGAGUUGAGAGAUUCCCCAGAGGAGCUGAAAAAACAGGAAGAGGAAGAGACAUUGAAACACUUACCCACUAAAUCAAGCCCCACUGACACACCCCCUCCACUGCCCACCACACCGCCUCCAGAGGAUUACUACGAAGAAGCUGUUCCACUUGAGGCAGACACCACGCCUCAGUACAUCACCACCCACAGAAACCCAAGCCCAGUCGAGGACGAGGAUGCAUAUUAUGAAGAUGCUGAUAAGAACUAUCCAUUAACUCGAAUAAAUGGGCCAUCCUACAAUGAUUCAGAUGCCCUUAGUAGCUCUUAUGAGUCUUAUGAUGAAGAGGAUGACGAUACAAAAAUCCGAGACAGGACAAGUCCUGCAGGCCCGGUAAAAGACUGCCGCAAAUUUGCCUUCCUCCUGCGUAAGAAACGGUUUGGCCAAUGGGCCAAACAGUUAACCGUAAUCCGUGAGAACAGACUACAGUGUUUCAAGAACCCGAAAGAUCGAACACCACACACUGACCUGCCACUGAAUUUGUGCAGUGUUGUCUAUGUGUGUAAAGAUGGGAGACGCAAGAGACAUGAGCUUAAAUUCUCCGUCCCUGGAGGAGAAUCAUUGGUGUUAGCUGUGCAGAGCAAGGAACAAGCUGAGAGCUGGCUUAAGGCCAUUCAGGAAGUUAAUAAUGUGGCAAACGGCAACACAGGAAAGGAGAAUUCUUUAUCCCCAAUGAUUCAGCGGAAGACAGAACUGGAAAAGACGAUGCUUACUGAUAAACAUACCUCAGAUUCUGACAGUGUUGCCAAUGGAGACUGUUCACGUGAGAGUGGUGAAAACGGGAAGGGGAAAAAGGGGGCUUUCUCUGAACUCACCGGCUCCAUGAGUCGUGCUGCUGGCCGAAAAAUCAACCGUAUAAUCAGCUUCUCAAAGAAAAAGCCUCCUCUGCCUGGAGAUACCAGCAACCUAUCUCACAAUGAUGACAACCCACGCUGCGGUUAUUUAAACGUCUUGGUUAACCAGUGCUGGAAGGAACGUUGGUGUUGUGUGAGGAGCGGAACUCUGUAUUUCCACAAAGACAGAGCAGACGUGCACACUCACGUCAGAGCCGUUGUUCUCCAAGGGGUCGAGGUCUUGCCUGGUUUAGGGCCCAGGCACCCGUUUGCUUUCCGUAUUAUGCGAGAUGGCAGUGAAGUGGCAGCUCUGGAGGCAAGCUGUUCGGAAGAGAUGGGUCGCUGGCUGGGUCUGCUUUUGGCGGAAGCAGGUUGUGCUACAACCCCAGAGGCUCUGCAUUAUGAUUACGUGGAUGUGGACACAAUCAGCAGCAUCAAAUCAGCAGCUCGGCAUUCUUUCCUCUGGGCCACUUCCUCCAGCAGUGCUUCCACAGACUCUCGCACCUACGACGAGGUUCCUUAUGAGAGCGUGCAGGCAGAAGAGGCUCAGCCUAAACCGGGCCCUCAGGUGCAGCACCACUCUUCUUUCUCCAGCACUGACGGUGUAAAGAGCAACUCGGAAAUUACAGUGAAGAGACAAAACUCUUCUGUGAAUCAGUAUGGUAAGUAUGGCAAAACGAGGGCAGAAGAGGAUGCGCGGCGAUACCUAAACGAGAAAGAACAGCUCGAGAAAGAGAAGGAAGAGAUCAGAAAGAAGCUGGUGUCACUGCGCAAAGAGAAAAGAGAGGUGAAAGAGCAGCUAAAAGAUGCCACAGCCAACAGUAACCAUCAGAAGCAUUUGGAAAAGCGUCUGGCUCAACUGGAAGAGGGCUGCAGAGGGAAGGAGGCCGAGCGAGUGGAUCUGGAGCUUCGGCUCACUGAGGUGAAGGAGAAUCUAAAGAAGUCGGUGGCGAGUGGUGAGCUGGGGGCUGCUGCUGAGAACAAACCUGUGAAAAAGGUUUAUAUCAGAAAAGUGGAACCGACUUAUACUGAGUCCAUACCUGUGAACUGUGCCGCUGAGAUGCGAAAGCGUCCCCCAUCCAUCUGUGCAUCCACCAGAGGAAAUGUCAUACAGAAAGCCAAGGAAUGGGAGUCAAAGAAAGGAACUUAAUAUUAACUGGAGGUAAAGUCUGUAAGGAUUGUGUGUUUUGUUGAAGAGACUUCAUUAACGUGGACUGAGAAGAUUCAAUGGACCGGGGAUUUUUCAGCAGCUAAUAGUUUUCAUUUUAUGCUUGAAAACUACUGAUCCAUGUGUGGCCAGAGGGUUUUCUAGUGCCCUUCUGUUACUGUUGCUUCUAUUUCUUCAGCCUCAUGUUUUAAAGGGAAAUUAUGAAAUAACUGCUUUUUAUCAUUCAGCCAUACUGGUCAGACAACUAGCAAUUUGCAUAUACAAAAUAAACCAGCUAUUUGUUGAGCUUAUUGUCUUAUCCAUUAUCUGCUGGCUCAGAAUGGCAUUUAAGCAUUAAUGGCCAUUAUCUUAGCAAGACAUCAUCUGAGAUAAAAGAUUGUACAAAGAUAGAAAGCAGGGUUAUAAUAAUAAUAAUCAUUAAUGGUAUGGGCAUAUACAGUAUCUCACCAAAAUGAGUGCACCGCUCACAUUUCAGCAACCAUUUUAGUAUAUCUUCUCAAAGGACAAUACUAUAAAAAUUUAUAUUUGAUAUAUUUUAGUCAGUGUGCAUCUUGAAUAGCAGUACAGACUUACUGUCCUCUAAAUAUAUAUAUAAAAAACCAUACAGUUAUUCUUGUCAAAAUAGGUGGGAACAAAAUAAGUACAUCCAAAGUGAACAUGUCGAAACUGUGUCGAAAGUGUAAAUAUUUUGUGGGAGCACCAUUAAUAUGUAGCACUGCCUUAAUCCUCCUGGACAUGGAAUUCACCAGAACUGCACAGGUCAUUGCUGGGAUCCUCUUCCACUACUCCAUAAUGACAACACUGAGCUGCUGGAUGUUAGACACAUGGCGCUUCUUGUGAGCCAACUUCAGAAGAGUUUUCCUUCUGGGAAGAUGGCCAUGCAAACCUACUUGUUGCAGUGUGCAGUGUAUGGUCUAAGCACUGAUAAGCAGACCUUCCGCUUCUGCAACCUUUAAAGCAAUGCUGGCAGCACUCUUGCAUCUGUUUUCUUGCGCAGGCCUGUUUUCUGAGUGGAACCCUGAGUGAAUCUUCUUAUAGCCUAGGCCAUCUUUGUGGAGAGCAACAAUUCUAAUUUUUAAAUCCUCAGAGAGUUCUUUUCCAUGAGGUGCCACGCUGAACAUCCAGUAGUCAGUAUGAGCGAAUUGUGUUCAAAGCACCAAAUUUGAACUGCUCUAAUACAAGAUACAGAAAUUUAUAUGGUGCUGUCAAGCAAACAGAAACAUGAACAUCGUGAACAGGAUGGCUUUGAAUGGUUAAUCAACAUACAGCUGUUAUCACUUAAGGUGUACUCACUUUUGUUGCCAUUUAUUUUAAAAAUAAUGGCUGUAUGUUGAGUUAUUUUCAGAGGACAGUAAAUCUAUACUGCUAUACAAACUGCACAUUGACUACUCUAAAAUAUAUCCAAGUUUCAUUUCUAUAGUAUUGUCCCCUGAGAAGAUAUACUACAAUUGGUGUAUUUACUUUUAUGAGAUACUGUAAAUGGCAUGAAAAGACUAGAAAUGAACCCUUUUGGAGAAAAAACAAAACAAAUCAAAUGAUGCUGAAAUGAAAAGGAAAAAUAAGAUUGUAUUUUAGGAGCGGAGCAACAGGUGGAAAAUAUAAGAAGGAUUAAAAGGGAAGAGAUAUGUUCUAAAAGCAACAGUGUGUUUUGAACGCAUGUACAUCACUGAACAUACUAAAUUCAUACACUGAAUCUGGAGUAGAGUGUCAUGGCAUGUCAUUCUUUUAUACACAACUCUGUAUCAAAUGAGUAAGUUUGAAAGGUCUGUUUUCUUUCCGUUACACUAUGGCACUUAAUUGACCAUGUUUAUUUAUUUAUUUUUUUACAUGUUGUACAUAAAACCAUAUUCAUAAUCUCUAUGGUGAUAUAUGGAGUCAUGUCCCUAAGCAAAUAUGUAUAAAUGUUUCAUUUUGAACAAAUAAAAAUGAGUUAUAAUGAUUUAUAAAUAUAGAAAAUAGUU